AGAUAAAAUUGUUUAUAUAAACAUGAAAAGUAAGGCUGAAACAAAAUCAUUCGUCGGAAUGCAUUAUCUGUUAACUGAAUACAAGUGAAUGGGAAUUAAUAUGAAAUUCGACUCAUAUCUGAGUGAUUUAUGACGUCCAUUCUGGAUGAUAUUACAGCUUCUGCUGUUAUUUGCAGUAUUUAAAGUGCCUCUGAACGACUUUUCUCCACCAUCUCCUAGACAUGGAGGAAAAGUCAGAUGAAGAAGUUGCUAGAGUUUUAAAAUCUGUUGAGGAACGUCGGCGCAGAAGAAAAGAACAAGAAAAAAAUGUUGACUGGUAUUCAUGGCUUGUUGCUGAUCAUCCAUAUUUAGUUUUAUUUCUAUGCGCUUUCCUAAUUUGUGGAUGUGUCAUUGUCUCUGUCUGUUACGUGAAACCCCCCGACUUCAGUGAGCCAUCGAAGGGAUUUGAAGUUCGUGGUACGCCAUUAUCAGAUAGAGUUGUAGCUUGGAAGAAUUUAUAUGACAAUACCGGUUUCAAUCAUACUUUAUCAACUUAUCCAACUUUGUAUGCAAGAAGACUUUCUGAAGUCAGAAAAUCGGAUAACAAAAGAAAAGUUAAAAGAAGGAAUAAAAAAGCUGGAAAAAGAAAUAGGAAUAAAAUAAAAGUUAGAAACAAGAGAGAUGUUGUGUCAUAUACUUGGAAUUUUACAGAAAAAUAUUUUUGUCACAAUCCAAAACCUUCCUAUGCGAGAAUGAUAAUGGAAAUCAAAGAUGAAUCCAAAACAUUGUGGAGUGUUGCAGGAUUGAGAUCGAUCUGCAAAGCUGAAAAAUCUCUCUUAGCACACGUGUCAUAUUCUGAUGUUUGCACCCACUUGGAUGCUUCAACGUGUUGUCCAACCCUAUCUCUUUCCAACUAUGUAGCAUUUUUAUCUGGUCUUCCAAAAUGUGAAGAAAUAAAAGACACAAACCUACACAAAAUAUCAGGACUUCUAAGAGAUUGUGCACCUUUUUAUUCAAAUAAUUCAUUAACUAGUUAUUGCUGGGAUAUGAGAGCUGAAGCAGAUUCUAGAAGUGCUAAUUUAUGCCCUGAGAUUCCUCGGAAAUGUGUUAAAUAUGAUGCAGUAUUUUCUAUUUUUCACUACCUCACUGAUACAAAUUUUCUUCAAAAUAUUCUUCAAGAAGAUAACCUAGAUUUUCAAUUGUCACGUACUGCAGUAUUUUUACCUGCUCUCAAGGGGGGCAAACAUUUAGCUCAGUUGUAUUAUCAAAGCUUUAUGUCACCACGAUUAGGUGAUGGUUCUAUGGUUAAAGUUACUGGUAUUGAUUUUGGUUUGAAAGAUAGAGUGUUUGAUGAUGCUUUGAAAAAUGAUGGUAUUUACCCCAUUGUCGCCAUGGUGUUAGUAAUGCUUAUCAUUGUUAUUUAUACUGGUUCAGUUUUUAUCACUCUAAUGAGCAUUAUAGCGUCUGUUAGUUCUCUUUUCAUGUCUUACUUUCUUUAUUCCGUUAUAUUUGAAUUUUCUCACUUUCCAUUCAUGAAUUUGACUGCAAUAAUGGUGAUGGUUGGUAUUGGUGCUGACAAUGUUUUAGUAUACUGUAGUGCAUGGAAGACUUAUAAAGAAAGAGACAAUCUAGAAGCAGGUUUUUUUCUCAAAAAGAAAGCAAUUACCGGAAAACCAAGCAAUAGAAGACUUGGUGUUAUAACGAAAGUCACAAUCAAACAUGCAGCAAGAUCUAUGUUUGUAACCGGAAUGACUACUGCUGCUGCAUUUUUAUCAAACUUUGCCAGCACUGUCACAGCGAUCAAAUGUUUUGGGAUUUACACUGGACUCACUGUGCUUAUGAAUUUAUUUUUAUGUGUUACAUGGCUUCCGGCUGCUGUUAUUAUACACGAAAGAAACUUUUCUGACCUAUACACAAAAUUAUUUCAAUGUUUCCAAACAAGAAGAAACACUUGUGGAUAUAUCAAAAAGAAGUUUGACGAAGCAAGCAGGGUAUUUUUCCAUAAAUUACAAGUUUUCCUCAUAGUGAAAUGGCGUUGGUUUUGGCUUGCUUUUGGCACUAUUAUUGCUUUUGGUGGUUGUUUUGUAAUUUUUGUUAAUCCGAAAUUGCGGUUACCUACCACAAGUUCAUAUUUUCAAUAUUUCAAAUCGUCACACCCAUUUGAAAUGUAUACACAAAGCCACUCUGAGAUGUUUGCUUUUGAAAAAAGGGGACUGGGAUAUAUGCCCGUCACUAUUAUUUUCGGGAUUACACCCACAGACAAUGGAAAUCCAUUAGACCCUGACAACAGAGGUAAUCUUGUCUUCAGUCAAUACUUCAACAUGUCAGAUCCCCGAAGUCAAUCCUGGCUUCUUCAGUUUUGUAAAAAGAUACAAGAACAGGAUUUUUACAAGUCGACUGGAGAUGAUUAUCAAGAUUUUAGAAUGUGUUUCAUUGAGGCUUUUAAAAAGUGGAUGGAUUCUGUGGCAUGUCUUGUCGAUGGAGUUGAUUACACUCCUUGUUGCAAAGGAAGUACUUUCCCAUAUUCACCUUCGGUUUUCAACAAAUGUUUGAAAAAAGCUGUUCUACGUGUUUCAAAUACCCCAGGCAUACGUUUGGAUCGAAUGACUCCAGGACCAAGAUAUGACACCAAUGACACACUACGUGCAGUUAUCAUUGAAUUUCCAAGCUCACAACCUUACACUGGUUCAUAUGAAGAGGUCGCAGAAUUUUACGACACUAUUGAAACUUGGCUGAAUAAGGAGUUAGAAGAUGCACCACCUGGUCUUAGGGAAGAUGCCUGGUUCAUCAGUGAUUUGGAGUUUCAUUCCCUUCAACUUGGCCUUUAUAAAGGCACCAUUACAGCGAUAGGACUUUCUAUGGGUGUUGUGUGUGUCGCUUUAAUUUUAACAACGUUUAACAUAACCAUCACAAUCUUAGCGAAUCUGACAAUCGCAUUUACAAUAUUCGUAACAGUAGGUGUGUUAGUUCUCAUGGGCUGGGAACUAAACAUCCUCGAGUCAGUUACUAUCUCCAUUGCCAUUGGGCUCAGCGUCGAUUUUACAGUUCAUUAUGCAGUGGCAUACUUACUUGCACCCAAGCAAGACAGAACAUCAAGGGUCGAACAUGCGGCCAGCACCAUGGGACCUGCGAUAGCUCUUGCUGCUUUGACGACCUUUUUGGCAGGUUUGUGCAUGCUGCCUGCUCAAGUGACUGCUUAUUAUAAAUUUGGAAUUUUUCUUAUGCUGGUCAUGGGUGUGAGUUGGUUUUAUGGAACCUAUUUUUUUCAAGCAUUGUGCAGCACUAUUGGUCCAGAAAAUAACUGUGGCCAUUUGUCUGCUUGCUGUUGCAGACAAUGUAAAAUCUGUUCCAAAAGAAAGAGAUCCAAUAGAACUGAAUUAAAAAAUGAAUCUUCAACUUCUAAAUGUAGCAAAACAUGCUCUGACAAAAACAGAACUUCUUCUGAUAGUCAUUCCGUUACAGUAAUUGAAAUGUCAUCUUGCACAUCUACCUAACGAAAUUGAAACAUCUUAUUACACAAUUUUUUUCAUAGUAUUGCUUUGAAUUUUUCAUUGUGUACCUACCAGUUUGAAACCUGUUCCAGUGUUCUUCGUGAAAUCACUGAAAACUUGGCUGUUUUGGGAUUGAGUGAAAUGUAUGCAUGCUAGAGAUGGGAGUGCGAUUGUUAUCUAAUUUGACAAUAUCUGUUCUGGCUGGCAUGCCCUAAAUGUUGUUAAAGAUUUCGAUAUUGUUGAUUACCGUUGGCACUUUUGUUUUGAAUAACUGAGGUAUAAUAAAGUACAGUUGCAAUUUUUAUAGACACGUAAUACUGACUGUAACUAAUCAUUAUGAAAUUAAUAACUGAUUGCAGUUUUUUUCUGUCUCCUGCACCAAGCUUAACCUUCUAUAUCCACUAGAACCUUGUUCUUUUUUCCUCUUGUGUGUUAGUGAUUUUGACCAUUUUGUGCUUUCGAUUUGCUCUUCAUAUAAAUAUAUAUAUUUUAUACAUUGUGGCAGAAUAUGGUUUGUCUUAUUUGUUUUAUAAAUGGAGAUUAUUUCUUUUUGUCAAUAUUGAAAAUAACAUGUAUGUGAUGGAUUAUUUCAACUAGUAUAAUUAACUUUUAUUUUGCAUUGAAUAUAAUCAAUAAUUACCCAAUCAUGGAUUUUCAGUUUUUUAUUGUCUUUUUUACUCAAUAAUAUUAUGUACACUCUAACGUUCAA